GAACAAUCAUGGCGUCUUAUAGGCUGUAAGAAUGAAGCAAGAGUAUCGCUUGGUUUUAACCUAAUCAAAAUUGCCUGAUUUAUGAAAAUUGGAAGUAUGAUGCUACAAACUGGACUGUUCUUGGUGGCUGUUCUUGCAGGCGCCGUAUCUGUUGUAUCCGGCUCCGUCAACUGCUACACCUGCUCAUACACGAUAACCGGCGCACCAUGGAUUAGUUACGAGUGCGCCAAUAACACAGAUAAGGUGACAACAGGGUCAGCGCAGGUUCCAUGUCAUCACACUCUACAAUGCGUCACAAAGGUUGUUUACAACGCCGAUCUCACUGAAAUACGAUCGGUCACAAGAGGAUGUUUUGUACCAGACGUUUACAAAUGUGGUGUGAAUUGUUGUGAUCAGAGUCUUCAUGAUGUUUCCUGUCAGUAUCAAUGUCGGUCAGACGGCUGCAAUAACAAGGACGUCACCAAAAUACUGAAAAAAACGACCGGUACUGGUGCGGCUUCAGCCAUUCAUCCGAAAUGGAGUCUAUCUGUCACUUUUGUGCUAUUUAGCGUUAUCAUUUUGUCUGCGAUGUGAGGUUGAAAUAAAUAUAGAUAAAAAAUAUGAUAAUAAAAA